AUGCUAUUUACGUUUUUAAUCCCUUCCCCCCGCACCCCCCCGCCUCCCCCCCAAGCUUCCUUACUUCCUUCAGCUUAUAACUUCGGCAGUGCCCCGCCCCGCCUGCAGUACGCCCCGACCCCCAUCGAUUUCUAUGUAAGGAUUCUUCCUCGAAAACCGGCACCUCCUAACGCUCAGUUUUCCCACAUUCCUUUAUCCAUACCUUUCUCACCCGCAGGCACGACUGUGUCUUCAGCAACCUCUCGCGACCCCUCUCCGUUUCGUCACUGCUCCUUGCAGUCUCCUCAGUUCCUUGUCCACCCGGCUGACUCCACAACAAGUCCGCAGGGAUCUCAUGCUCUCCCUUCUUGUUUAAAACCCACUCGUCUACAACGUCACAGCAUGCUUGUUUCUUCUUUGACUCUCUCCAAGUUUCACAUCCUACCUACGUCUGCCGUCGUUUCUCCUCUUCACCCUUUAUAAUUCCCACGUGCAGUCGUCAUCCCAGCCCCCUCCACGACUCUCUCUCACCUUGGCCGACGACUCACGUCCCAUCACCUUAACAGCGCUGCAACUUUCAAACUCUUCACCAUUCUUCAACCACACUCCCACCCGUCCCUUACCCAAGCGCUUCACCAUUCGGACCGCUGCUACAGAGUGCAGGCCCCCAUAGCCUCUACUCGUUUGCCCAACCUGGAGCGCAGCUACUACUGGAACGCCCAAGUUAGGCCCCACAUGUCGAUUCUAUUCGAACCAAGAAUGGCCGCCAACUCUCCGCCGCGUUCCGAUGGCCUCCCCCACUCACUCAGUAGCAACAUUGCUAAAAAGAAGAGGGGCGGCAGGCAACUACGCCAAGUCGUCCUGUCUCCCGACCUGAAGUUUUCCAUUCGUCAAUUCGCUGGAGAAGUCGGGACGCCAAAGCUAAUGGAGCCCACCGGAUUUCGUGACUUUCGCGGCUGGCUUGAACGCGUCGCUGGGCCCUUGGCAAGAGGGUCGUGGUUCAAACUCGUUCACGCCAUGAUGGAAGAGACUGCUGGCGAUCGUUUUCGAAUUAUGUUCAUCAAGGAGGAGGUGGUUCGUGAUAUUGUCCGAGCAAUUGUCGUUCCUAAACCGGGGGAGAGCGCCAAACUGGUCAGUACCAACUGUGGGAGACAAUGUGCCCGCCCGCGCUCUGGGAAUACGCUUAUGACCAUUCUCGAACGAGUCCUCGUCGAGAAGGGAAUUGUCUCCGAGGCCGAUAUUGAAAUGUUCAUGCGCGAUCGUGCGGCGGCUCCGCACACAUACAUGUACCGCGACCUACAUCAUCAACAGCAACACGCUGUUCGGGCUUCCGUGCCGUCAACUCCGUACUCAUCAGGGCAUCGAAGCAUGUCUGUGGAGGCAAUCACAAGCGCGCCUGAACCUCGCGUGUCACAGGCAUUCAGAUACCCAUUUCCACCCCCUCCGCACCGAGCGAGCCUUGCCCCCCCAUAUCGCCCGAACCCCGAACUUGGAUAUCGACCAGGCCCAAGCGCCUCAGCAAGAUCGCUGCCACCAAUACAUUUUCAUGCCGUAGAGGGACGAAGCACAUUACCGGGUAGCGCCGAGGCUUCUUCUACUUCGACGGGACUUGUGUACUCAGCGAGUUCGCCCCAGACGUCAUCAAGUCGAUUUCCUUUUACCGGAGUGGGAACAUCUGGUUCACCAUUGCAUGCUCCACUGCCGCCUAAUGCAGCAACUAACCAAGAGCGACUGCCUUCAUUCAGGGAGCUUGAAGACUCGCUGGGACAAGAACGGAACUCGUAGCCCUCCCAAGUGGGCGCUUUUGUUCGAAGCUACUGGAAACACAUGGACCCGCCUGUUGUCCUCAACUACAUAUCGUCUACCCUACGGCAAACCCCCUUUUUUCAUUCUUUUUUGUUUGCAGGAGAAGAGCUUUUGGGAAGCAAAUAUAACGAACUGCUAACUCGGCAACAGCCAGAUUCUAGCUACCUUAUGUCGUCGGCGCGACCUGUUCUGGCGUGCGACACCAAAGUCGCGAUAAUUUCAACUUGCAUACGUAAAACAAAUAGUUUCUUG